UGAGCAUGUUUGGUUUGCAUUUUAAAGGUUGUCUCUUCAUUGUUUUCUUAAAAUUUAUUUUAUAUUACUUUAAAGAGAUUAAGACAAAAGAGUACAGUACAAAGAACAUCAGAACAGAACAAUGUAAGCAACACAGCACAUCAGCAGCAGACAACUGGAUAUUAGCAGUAGCGACCAUAAUGUCUCUUACUUUGAAAUAGUUAAUCAUACCUUCACAUAUAAUAAUAUCAAACACAACAAAAUAGUCUAAAACUAUUGACGAGAAGGAAAGUAUUAUAGGGCAUUCAGAACCAAAUAACAGAAAAUGAACAGUGGCUACUAUAUUAUCUCAUUUUCCAUAAAAAUUUGUUUAUACUAUCACACAUAUCAAAAUGCAAUAGAACAUAACGUGAUAGAACCAAUGGAAACUGAAGAACAAAAGCAUCGUAGGGUUUCAAAACAAGAUAUUACAUCAGCAAUGGCUACCAUAAUGUCUUGUUUUCUUCAAAAUAACUGUUCAUCCCAUCAUACAUAAUAAAAUCUAACAAAAUAGAAUAAAACCACACCAACUAAUGAAUGAAAACAUUAUAAGGCUUCAAAGCCAUAUAAUGGGGAAUCAUGACUACUAUAAAAUCUUAUAUACACUUACCAUUUCUUACUCUAGGGAGACUAUACAGGAUUUAUAGAUGUGAGUUUGAUUUAUUUCACUUAUGAGUAUGGUCUCAAGUUGCAUCCAUCUAUUUAUAAAUAUCUCAAUGUGAUCAUUCUUUAUAGCUGAGUACUAUUCCAUUGUAUAAAAAUACCACAUCUUUUUUAUCCAUUCCUUAGUUGACAGACACUUAGGUUAUUUCCAAGAUCUGGCUAUUACAAACUGUGCUGCUAUACACAUGGGUACACACAUAUCACUGUUUUAUGAUGUUUUAGUUCUGGGAAUAUGCUUAGAAGUGGUACAGCUGGGUCAAAUGGGAGUUACAAUUCCAGCCUUUUGAGAAAUCUCCAGGCUGACCUCCUCAGUGGUUGCCCCAAUCUAUACUCCCACCAACAGUGCAGAUGAGUGCCUUUUUCCCCACAGCCUCUCCAGCAUUUGUUGUUGGUAGUUUUCUUGAUCGUGACCAUCCUUUGUUGUUGUGGAGUGUAUACUUUACUGUCGUCCAUAGAAUUUGUGUGUAUUUACUACAAUAUCACCAGUGCUUACAAAAAGGUGUAGCACACAGUGAGUAGCUAGUCAGUAUUUACUCAGUGUGAGUAGAGUUUACUCCUUGUGUAUUAUUUUAAACAGUAGGCUAAUUUGUCACUUAAAAAAGUUUGACUUAGGAAGCUGAGGCAGAAGGAUUGCAAAAGCGAAUCCUGCUUAAGAAGCUGAGCAGGUCCUUGCCUCAAAAUAGAAAGGGACUGGGGGUAGCGCUCAGUGUUAGGACACUCUUGAUUCAACCUCCUGUACUAGAAAAAAGGGUUCAGGAAGAAAAUUCAUUCUGAAAGUUUUAGUUUUUACUCUACAUUAAUAUUUUUUUCAUUUAGGAAGAAAAUUUGAAUAUUGUGAUUCUUCAUUCUUUUAGGGUAGUUUCACUUACAGUACAGUGGAUUAAAAGAAUUGCAGGCUUUGUUUGUAGUUUAUUAAGAAAAAUAAAACACAAAGAUAGUAAAUUUAAUAGGCUUCAAAAAAUAUCAUGGCCAAAGGACUAAAACUUUCUAAACUGAAAUUAAAAGACAAAAUUGGAAUGUACUGUGUUGCUUCCUCUGGAAAGAGAGAGCUAUGCUGGUUGGGCAUGGUGUUGUUAUAACACAGGUGCCUGAGUGCUACCUCAGUUCUUGAUCUUGAUUUUUUUCUGUGAUUCUGGUUGCAAACUGAGUUGAGUCAGAACCAAAUAAAAGUGGUUGAGCUGGGCAUGGUGGCACACACCUGCAAUCCAGCAAGUUUGACUUGGGAUGCUGAGACACGAGGGUUGCUGUGAGUUUGAGACUUGUCUUGGCUACAUAAAUGAGUUCUAGGCCAGCCUGUACUACAUGGUAAGAUGCUGUCUCUAAAAUUUUUUUGUUCUGUGGGUAGGUUCAGUGUUGAUCUUAAUUGGUUUAGAUUUGAUUUAGUUCUUGUCCAGUUUGUUUUGCCAUCAGGAUUGUGGAGACAAUUGAGUUUGUGAACCCAGGUACCAUUGUAUAUGGUUUUGCAAAGAGUAGAAUUUAAAAACUGGCCAAAGUUCAGAAGGAAAGUGAUUUUCCAUCUGUAGCUAUAUUAGUGUGCCUUGCAGGAAGCAAAAUGUUAGCAUUAAGUGGUUGUUUGGUUGGAUGCUUGGUUGUUUGGUGGGUGAAGCCAGUGACAGUUGACUGAAUCAACACGGGGUUGCCACAGCUCCAGUCAGUCCUUUUGUAGGCUUGGACUAAUUUCAACCCAAUGCUUCGUUUCAAAAUUAUUUUCAUCUACUGCUUAAAAUGAAGACAAUUUCAUACUCUAGAGUUGUAACCUUGUUUUUGAAUUGAGUUGCUUAAAUGACUUUUUAUUUUUAAAGCAGUGGACCCAACGUGCCUUUGAGGAAAGUAAAGAAUAAACAUAAACAGCAGCACUCCACGGAAUCUGUGACUUCCUUAGUGUCUAACAAGGCCCGUUUCCUGUUUGCUAGUCUCCAACAAGUGAUGUGUAUUUAAAGAUUACAAGACACUGUCAAAGAUGGAGGAAGUUAAAACCUCUGUAAAUGUUUUAUUUUCCUUUAAUGGAAUGUUAGCAGGAAUUGCUUUUCUAGAAAUAAAACAGAACAGUGUAGUCUACAGGGAAAGCAAGAGGAUACCCAGCCUCAUCAUUGCUGCAGAAAGAUUGGCUAAGAGAAGCACAAAUGAAUUUGACAAAGAGCAGUUACAACACUGGUCACACAGGAAGCUGACUACUGGGGACGAUCGGACAACACUAGACACCUUUCACUGGGAAAGUUAGGGAAGCAGGUGUUCUGAGCAAGAAUGCAGCAUUUAAGAGUUGUUUUCUUAAGAUUUUAGAGUGUAUGCAUACACCACUAGAAACCAUCAGUAGAGAAAGAUAUGUUUAUUCAUUUUAAUUUUUAAGAAUAUUUGUAAAACUCAGAAAUUAUGUGAUUAUAACUGACAAUGGAUGCUGAUAUGGAUUAACACAAUCACAGUGGAGCCACACUUGCAUGCCUUUCAGUGCUGCCCAGCAGGAUAGUCAUGCCUGUGCCAUCAGUGUUUGAAGCUGUGGGAAAUGUCAAUGUGGUCUUAACAUCACUUAACACUAAAUGCUUAAAGGUAGUUAUUUCAUAACAUAAGGCAUACUCCCACGAUGUCACAGUUCAGAGUUCUCAGCCUCACUCUUUCACUGAUUUUUAGUUGGAUCCUAACAUUUUUUCACAGAGCCCCCCACAGUUUCAUGGCAACCACAGGGAUCCUCCACAAGGAGUUUCUGACAGGAGGUUUGCGAGUAGUGCAUUCACACGUUACUCAGUUCUUCUGGCUUUGGAGUGCUUGCUGCCUUGUAACCCAUCUCUGCAUUGUAACAGGUUGAUGCACUGCAUGCGUCUGUCUCCAUUGUUGUCAGUUGUGUUCUUAAAAACCCUAAGAUCCCAAUGAUGCUGCCAAAAUGCCCCACACUAAGGUUUCAUCAAUACAAUAUUUUAUUAAAUUACAUAAUUCCAGACGUCAUAGCAUAUUUAGAGUUUAAACUAUAAAAAAGGCAUUGAUAAGCAUUUUUAUGAUCAUAUCUGAAAUUUGCAGUCUUUCGCAAUUGCAAGUGCUCUAGGAACAGUACUGUGCAUUUAGGGGAUCCACUGUACUGUGGAACAUUCCUGGGUUUAAAUUCUUACUGUCUGUACUUGCACCUGUGCAAGGUACUUGUUAUAUCUUCACCUACCUUAGUGAUGUAUAAAAUGUUACCUCUCAGAAUUGUGUUUGACACACACACACACACACACACACUUCAAGUAGGUGUGCCCUUUGGAAGAGAUUAAAGUGAAAGAUAUAAAAUAUAACAGAUAGGAAGGAAAAAUAUUUGAAAGCCAAACAAAACCCUGAAAGUGAUACAGAACUUUAAAACAAGAUAAUAGGGAAUUAACAGUGGCUUUCACCUUUAGAAGGAACUCUCCCAUAGCUGCUAUACUGCAUAUUAUUUUCCACCAAGUAAAUGCUCAGAGCACUGGGCUAGGCCUGCAAAGUGAAAUGCUAAACACUACAGGCUUAAGUUGUUUUUCUUCCUGCCUAAGUAGCUAUUAUCCCAGCCUGUAUGUCUGUGAUCAGCUGGUUGCUUGCAGGGGUUGGGAGGGGCUCAGCUCUUAUCUCCCAGCCCAACUGCUGGCUCACAGGAAGCCAUUGGCUACAUAUUUCUACUUCCCUUGGCCUGUGACUGUCACUGACUCAGAGGAAGGGGUUGGCUUCUUGAUCCACUUAAAAAAUACAUUGUAAAUAAGCUGGUUUCACUUCAGACUUGUCUUAAAAGAAGAGGACAAGAAAAAAAGUCUCGAGGAAAAAUGUUUGCAAGAAGUUGAAACAAAACAACAGCUUGAAAUUUCUUAUGCAACACUUGAAAUGGAAUUCAAAGCUUCAGAAGUGAAUCAGGACUGAAUUGGAGUUUUUACGCAUAAAAGAAAAUGUGAAAAGUCCCGAAAUGGAGAUUUUGAGACAGAAAAAGAAAAUGAAGAAACCAGCAGGAAAAUUUGAACAUGCUCGGAAGCACUUGUCAAAUGACAGUUUGUUGACAGAAGCACAAGAUCAAGGUACAAGCUCUGUGCAACAUGAUGAAAAAAUGGAAGAACCCUUAGACAUGUAUGGCUUAACCAAAUGACUUGAGCAUCUCUAAAGGAAAUCAGCAGCAUAAUAUGAGACAUAUUGCAGUUAUAUAACUACUAAAUCUUCAUUAGGCCAGGGGAAAAUUCUAGCUUUGAUAAAUGUACCUGAAAGGAGUAAUUUAGGGGAGCAGAAAUAGUACAGUGAGGAGAGAGCAUGUGCUUUCCACGUGGAGCCCUGUGUUCACUCCCAAUAAUGCAAAAGAAAAAUCGUCAACAAGCACAAUGAGAAAAAUCUUACUUGCCAAGUCAUCUACUUUUUCUAACUUUUAAAAUUGUGAGUAGUCUUUCAAAGAUUAUGUGACUUUUUAAACAGAUCUGUGCAAACACUCACAUUGGAGAAUUUGAGCCUGAAAAAGAAAAUUCAAAAAGCUAAGGAGUAAUUUAGGGGAGCAGAAAUAGUACAGUGAGGAGAGAGCAUGUGCUUUCCACGUGGAGCCCUGUGUUCACUCCCAAUAAUGCAAAAGAAAAAUCGUCAACAAGCACAAUGAGAAAAAUCUUACUUGCCAAGUCAUCUAGUUUUUCUAACUUUUAAAAUUGUGAGUAGUCUUUCAAAGAUUAUGUGACUUUUUAAAUAGAUCUGUGCAAACACUCACAUUGGAGAAUUUGAGCCUGAAAAAGAAAAUUCAAAAGCUAAGGGGUAAACUUGAACGAGCUCAGAAACACUUGUUGACCAUGAGAUAGGUAAGGGCAUUUCUUUUUAAUUUCUAUUGUUCUAGAAAGCAGUUCCUCCUCUGCCAGUAUGUAGGAAUAUUUUAGGCACUAUAAAAAUCUUACUGAUAAAAGCACUUGUUGUAAUCGUAUUGAUACCUCCUUACUAGCAGUAGUGAAGUCCUCUUACCUUUAUGGAAGAUAAAUGGUUUCAUGCAAUUCAUGACUUUGGCAGUGAUAUUUUAAUACAAAAGAUUUUUAUAGCCUAAAAUCCCUAUUUUACACAUACCACAUUUGUUUUUCCAUUAUCCAUUGAAGGAUUUGAGAGUUAUUCCCACACUUCUUUGGGAAUAAUGCUGAUCUGGACAUUGAUAUAUUACUGUGUGUCAUGAGUCUCAGCUAAUAUGAUGCAAUAACUUUUAAAAUUCCAGGAAAUUGAAUUGCUGAAUCUAAGACUUUGAAUAUCUGUUGCAAUGAAAGCUUUUCCAUGAUAUUUUGUAAUUUAUAUGGUCACCAAGAAUGGAUAGAAGGGCACUACACAAGCAUUUUCCCCAGAGACACUGUAUUUCUCUUUGACUGUAAGCAAGGAAAAAGAUGCCAGUAACAAAGUAGAAAUGGAUAUUUGUCUUACUGAGGAACUAGUGGUCCUAGCAUUGCAGUUUCAUGAUUUUUCCCCAUUGAUUAGUGUUUAUCAGCCAUUUAAACUUGUCCAGUCUAAGAGUAACGCAUAAGACUGGGUGACAGUUUGUUGAUGUGUAAUGAAAACCAUGUACCUCUUGACCAGGCAGAGCAGAUUCUCCUGUGGCCCGUGUUCUCCUGUGUGGGAAUUAGGACCACAAGGACACAUUGUGUGCAUGGAAGUGGAGAUGUGAGGUGGCUCCUUCCACUGACUGAUUUCUUAAAGUCACAGCAAUUUGGUCCAUCGAGGUUCAUUACACAGAUGCUUGUUGCUAUGUCUCCUGCCUACCUGUCCCCCAAACUCUCAUGGAGCUAUAGAUGGGUGUUUUUCAUAGGUGACUAGAUCUGUAGAAUAUGAUGUUGGGAUUCAGGGUAUGUGAUUACCAAGUUGGUCCACCGGUUGGUUUGGCAUAGUUCUGGGAUCAAGGAUGUGAUGUUAAGAUUAAGGGUAUGAGUGCUACCUGCCCUAAAGGUGAGUACCUGGAUAAGAUGUAGGGACAGAAAAAAACUUGAUCCUGCUGGUGCUGCUGCUGCUGCUGCUGUUGCUGCUGCUGCUCCUGCUUGUCUUCUGGUCUGUGAUGCCCCUCUGCAAUGCCUCCCUGUUCUGGAGCCAGCCUACUAUGAACUGAAACCUCUAUAAACUUCUGAAGAUGAGAAAGAACAGUUCAUGAAAUUCCCUGAGGGUUUUCAAAAUGUGAUGUAUGCUUUGGACCAAGAAAAGAAGAAAAUUCAUGAGCUGGAAUGUGCUUUGGGUCAAGAAAAGAAAAAUCAUGAGCUGUAAUGUGCUUCGGGUCAAGUCAAGAAGAAAAUUCGUGAGCUGGAAUGUGCUUCGGGUCAAGUCAAGAAGAAAAUUCAUGAGCUGUAAUGUGCUUCGGGUCCAGUCAAGUCAAGAAGAAAAUUCAUGAGCUGGAAUGUGCUUCGGGUCAACACAAGAAGAAAAUUCAUGAGCUGGAAUGUGCUUCGGGUCAAGUCAAGAAGAAAAUUCAUGAGCUGGAAUGUGCUUCGGGUCAAGUCAAGAAGAAAAUUCAUGAGCUGGAAUGUGCUUCGCAUCCAGACAAGAAGAAAAUUCAUGAGCUGGAAUGUGCUUCGGGUCAAGAGAAGAAGAAAUUUCAGGAGCUGGAAUGUGCUUCGGGUCAAGACAAGAAGAAAAUUCAUGAGCUGGAAUGUGCUUCGGGUCAAGUCAAGAAGAAAAUUCAUGAGCUGGAAUGUGCUUCGGGUGAAGACAAGAAGAAAAUUCAUGAGCUGGAAUGUGCUUUGGGUGAAGACAAGAAGAAAAUUCAUGAGCUGGAAUGUGCUUCGGGUCAAGACAAGCAGAAAAUUCAUGAGCUGGAAUGUGCUUCGGGUCAAGACAAGCAGAAAAUUCAUGAGCUGGAAUGUGCUUCGGGUCAAGUCAAGAAGAAAAUUCAUGAGCUGGAAUGUGCUUCGGGUGAAGACAAGAAGAAAAUUCAUGAGCUGGAAUGUGCUUUGGGUCAAGUCAAGAAGAAAAUUCAUGAGCUGGAAUGUGCUUCGGGUCCAGUCAAGAAGAAAAUUCAUGAGCUGGAAUGUGCUUCGGGUCAAGACAAGCAGAAAAUUCAUGAGCUGGAAUGUGCUUCGGGUCAAAUCAAGAAGAAAAUUCAUGAGCUGGAAUGUGCUUUGGGUCAAGUCAAGAAGAAAAUUCAUGAGCUGGAAUGUGCUUCGGGUCAAGUCAAGAAGAAAAUUCAUGAGCUGGAAUGUGCUUCGGGUCAAGUUAAGAAGAAAAUUCAUGAGCUGGAAUGUGCUUCGGGUCAAGUCAAGAAGAAAAUUCAUGAGCUGGAAUGUGCUUCGGGUCAAGUCAAGAAGAAAAUUCAUGAGCUGGAAUGUGCUUCGGGUCAAGUCAAGGAGAAAAUUCAUGAGCUGGAAUGUGCUUCGGGUCAAGACAAGAAGAAAAUUCAUGAGCUGGAAUGUGCUUCGGGUCAAGUCAAGAAGAAAAUUCGUGAGCUGGAAUGUGCUUCGGGUCAAGUCAAGAAGAAAAUUCGUGAGCUGGAAUGUGCUUCGGGUCAAGUCAAGAAGAAAAUUCGUGAGCUGGAAUGUGCUUCGGGUCAAGUCAAGAAGAAAAUUCGUGAGCUGGAAUGUGUUUCGGGUCAAGUCAAGAAGAAAAUUCGUGAGCUGGAAUGUGCUUCGGGUCAAGUCAAGAAGAAAAUUCGUAAGCUGGAAUGUGCUUCGGGUCAAGUCAAGAAGAAAAUUCGUGAGCUGGAAUGUGCUUCGGGUCAAGUCAAGAAGAAAAUUCGUGAGCUGGAAUGUGCUUCGGGUCAAGUCAAGAAGAAAAUUCGUGAGCUGGAAUGUGCUUCGGGUCAAGUCAAGAAAAUUCAUGAGCUGGAAUGUGCUUCGGGUCAAGUCAAGAAGAAAAUUCAUGAGCUGGAAUGUGCUUCGGGUCAAGUCAAGAAGAAAAUUCGUGAGCUGGAAUGUGCUUCGGGUCAAGUCAAGAAGAAAAUUCGUGAGCUGGAAUGUGCUUCAGGUCAAGACAAGAAGAAAAUUCGUGAGCUGGAAUGUGCUUCGGGUCAAGUCAAGAAGAAAAUUCGUUAGCUGGAAUGUGCUUCGGGUCAAGUCAAGAAGAAAAUUCAUGAGCUGGAAUGUGCUUCGGGUCCAGUCAAGAAGAAAAUUCAUGAGCUGUAAUGUGCUUCGGGUCAAGACAAGAAGAAAAUUCAUGAGCUGGAAUGUGCUUCGGGUCAAGUCAAGAAGAAAAUUCAUGAGCUGUAAUGUGCUUCGGGUGAAGUCAAGUAGAAAAUUCGUGAGCUGGAAUGUGCUUCGGGUCAUGACAAGAAGAAAAUUCAUGAGCUGGAAUGUGCUUCGGGUCAAGUCAAGAAGAAAAUUCGUUAGCUGGAAUGUGCUUCGGGUCAAGUCAAGAAGAAAAUUCAUGAGCUGUAAUGUGCUUCGGGUCCAGUCAAGAAGAAAAUUCAUGAGCUGUAAUGUGCUUCGGGUCAAGACAAGAAGAAAAUUCAUGAGCUGGAAUGUGCUUCGCGUCAAGACAAGAAGAAAAUUCAUGAGCUGGAAUGUGCUUCGGGUCAAGUCAAGAAGAAAAUUCAUGAGCUGGAAUGUGCUUCGGGUCAAGUCAAGAAGAAAAUUCAUGAGCUGGAAUGUGCUUUGGGUCAAGUCAAGAAGAAAAUUCAUGAGCUGGAAUGUGCUUCGGGUCAAGUCGAAGAAAAUUCAUGAGCUGGAAUGUGCUUCGGGUCAAGUCAAGAAGAAAAUUCAUGAGCUGGAAUGUGCUUCGGGUCAAGUCAAGAAGAAAAUUCAUGAGCUGGAAUGUGCUUCGGGUCAAGUCAAGAAGAAAAUUCAUGAGCUGGAAUGUGCUUCGGGUCAAGACAAGAAGAAAAUUCGUGAGCUGGAAUGUGCUUCGGGUCAAGUCAAGAAGAAAAUUCGUUAGCUGGAAUGUGCUUCGGGUCAAGUCAAGAAGAAAA